AUGACGGUGUCUGUUCUCCUGCACGAAAGUGACCCAUCAUCGACGGCCACUCAAGGUGGUGGCUACUACUCCGGCAGACAUGACGUCCUGGAACUUCUCGGCAGCCUUGGACGUGCUGUGGCUAUCGGAUCCGAGGCCGGUGAAGAUAUCGACGACGUCAGUACUGGCUCUGUCCAUCUGAAGGCAGCUAAGGUGGCCGAGUCCUCGAUUCACGAGGCUAUUAUCUCUAUUGGCGAGGAUGGAGCACAAGUAUCUUUUGAGGACUGGAUGGCACCGGCUGGCGUCCAAGACAAUUCCACGUUCGUUGUGGCAGUGACAUUGCUAAACACCUCCGAAUCGGAAGGUUACGUCGUGUGGGCUGCAAUAUCGCCGCAGGUUGUGCUACCACGAUCGGCACCAGAUGGCGUUGCGCCGACUUGUGUGUAUUGGUCCGAAAAAAGCAACGAGUGGGAGGUCGACGGCAUCGUGCUAGGACACUCUACGGUUGAAGUCGACGGAACCUCCUCGACAACCUGCUGGACCUUUCACCUGAGUCCUUUCGGAAUAGCAGAAGAACAAAGCCCAUCAAUCCAGUGGAUUACCGCCGACCAGCUAACAGACACCAAUGUUCUACGACAGGACAUCGAGGGUGGUGUAGACAACGAGUACCUCGCUAUCCUUCGACACUCAUACCUGGAUCGGGGUAGGUGUUCUCGCGAGGACCAACCGGUGCAAUCCCUGAUACGGGAAAAAUCGCGGGAGGCACACAAAGAUGUGAACAACAGCAACCAACUAGAAAGCGGCUACCUCCAGAUCCAUACGAUAGCAGCCUCGAAGAGAAAGGACCAUUUGACUACGGCCGCCGUGAGCAGCAUAUUCAUGAACCACGCCUGGCGACAUCUGUGGGUCUCGCCAACCGAGCACUUCAAGAAAACCCUUCUCACGAGGUAGAUCAAUGUAUCGGUUGUUGUAAUAGUUUUUUUUUUUGCGAAAAGUGUGGCCCGUUUAGGGGUACGCUUUUUGUUUUGCAAGAAAACAGCUGUUUAGAGGGAUUGUGUGUGGAGUAUGUGCGCACGAGAAAAAGAAUAAUUUUCAUGCACAGGGGCGUGAAAAUUACGCGAUGGCUGUCUGUCUGUCUGUCUGUCUGUCUGGUGUCUGCGCGCCCUAAAUACCCAGCAGGCUCGAGCCCAUUCCACCAUCUCGGCACCAAAUUGCAAACUUAUACUUGCGCACAACAAGUAACAUUUUGCCCGAGCUGUCCCAACCGCUACNGAAAACAGCUGUUUAGAGGGAUUGUGUGUGGAGUAUGUGCGCACGAGAAAAAGAAUAAUUUUCAUGCACAGGGGCGUGAAAAUUACGCGAUGGCUGUCUGUCUGUCUGUCUGUCUGUCUGGUGUCUGCGCGCCCUAAAUACCCAGCAGGCUCGAGCCCAUUCCACCAUCUCGGCACCAAAUUGCAAACUUAUACUUGCGCACAACAAGUAACAUUUUGCCCGAGCUGUCCCAACCGCUACCUUUGCAAUCCGUGGUCGGUGUCUCGAGAUAGCACACCGUUUGUGCAAAUAUAUAUGUCCCAUGGACGCAUCCCCGGGAGGCGUCAUUUUUGUUUUUUUUUUGGGCAACCAACUACACGCACGCAAGAAACCACGAAGCACUGCCGUGCUGCACACACUGCUGCUGCUACUGGCAAGACACGCACUACACAGAGACAGGGAACAUGGACAAGGGGGGCGGGACACACACACAUACUGCUGUUAGCGACGGCGGAGGAAGCGGGGAACGUUUGGUUGGUCUGGGGUUUAUCGCUGAUGAUGUCGUUGUUGUUGUUUCCGUUGGUUGUUGUUGUUCAACGCUGCCGGCCUAUUCGCCUUUUCUCUGGAGAGAGUCCCACCAACCAGCGUGUGUUGCACACACCACACAGCGAGAGCGGGACGGGAGCAGGGUGUGCCCUAUACUACUGCUGCUGCUAGCUUUCGGCGGAGGAAGCGAGAGGAGAGAUAUUGAUUGGGUCUCUGUGGGUCCAUCGGUUGGUUGUUGUUAUUGUGUUGCGACGCGGCGGGAGGGAGCGGCCUCUGACUCUGCUCUGGAGAGAGGCACACAUACAUCACAGCACGGGACCAGUAACACAUCACGCUCGUUCCUAGACGAU